UCAACCACAGCUAUGAACAAUGCUCCUGUGAACCCACCAGCAGAAUAUAGAAGUCAAGUUGCUCCGCCAGCUGUGAACAAUGUUCCUGUGAACCCACCAGCAGAGGAUAGAAGUCAAGUUACUCCGCCAGGGCAUGGUUUACGACUAUGUCUGUCUGAAUGGGUUCCGGGAGCUAUGAAAAAGAGAGAGUCAAAGCGGUUGCGUGCACAAACGGAUCAGCUUCUUAACCUAGUUUGUCAAAAUGCAAGGGAAGCAAAUCAAAACCAAGUCAUAGAUAAGGCUUUAUGUCUUGCAGCUAAAGAAGGGAAUGCUGAAUUUGUGCUUCGAGUAUCAAAAGAAAUCCCACAGGUUUAUCUCACUCCAACGUUGCUUUCGUGUUUUGAAGAAGCUCUUAAAUAUCGACAAGCUGAGGUUUUCAGCCUUAUCCAUGGGUUUCGCUUCAAGCAUGGCCUGGUAACAUCUAAAAUUGAUGUUGGUAGAAAUACCUUGUUACAUAAGGCAGCUGGAAAGGCUCCUAAUCAUGUUCUUAAUCGCGUCUAUUCACCUCUGCUGCAAAUGCAAAAUGAAUUGCAAUGGUUCAAGGAGGUGGAGAGUUUAACGCCUCGAACCAUUAGGGGAAUUCGAAAUAAGGAUAACAAGACAGCCAGAGAAAUAUUCACAGAAGAGCACAGAGAGUUACUGAAGGAGGGAGAGAAUUGGAUAAAGGCCACUGCAACUUCUUAUUCGCUUAUUGGCAUCCUAAUUGUGACCAUUAUGUUUACAGCAGCUUAUGCUUUUCGUGAAGAAAAUGAUCAAAAUCCUGGAUACCCACUUUUUAAGGUUUCACUCUUCUCAACCAUAUCAUCACUUCUCUCUUCUUCAACUUCGGUUUUAAUAUUUCUAGCAGUCCUAAGCUCUCAGUACUCAGAGGAAAACUUCCUCAAAGCUAUACCUUCAUGUUUGCUUUGGGGUCUUUUCUUUCUUUUCAUCUCCAUUUUAUGCAUGAUAAUAUCAUGUCUUUCUACCAUUCAUCUCGUGUUGAAGCAUACGGACUACUCGUGGGGUAUCCUUCCCAUUAUCAUACCUGCAGCUAUUCCGAUCGGCGUGUAUGCCAGGUUACAAUUCCCUCUUGCUUGGCAAACUUAUCGUUCUACGUAUGGCAAAGUCUUUAACAGGAGAGUGAAGAAGUGGCCAUGAGAUGAACUUGUAAUUGAUGUACCACUUUGUUCUUGUAUUGUUUGAAUAAUUACGAUUUCCUGUUCCUUGACAAUUACAUUGGCAUGAUCUUUAAUAUGAAAGGAAGCUGUGGUUGUGAAA